GAGUCUAUCCCGCUCCUCACUUGCUGUUCCACAUCAGACAUCUCUCUUCUCUUUCAGCUGUUUCCGUCCUACUCUCCCACUUUCCUGCUGCACCAGCACAAAGGUCCCCACCACACCGUUGCUCCCACUCCAUAUGGCAGUGUAGCGCCAGUCACCAUGCGCUGCGCACGCGUGAGUGAUGUUUACAACCACUGGUCGUCGUCGUGGUGCUCUCUAUGUUUCGUGGUUCUUGUUUCUUCUAUAUUUUAUCUUCCUCAAAACUCGUAAUUCAGACAUACGAUCUGCGGACGCCGUGCCUUACGAUGAAUACGAGUGCGGGUGUCCACGAUUCGGUCCAUCCCUUCGGAGUGAUGUUUUGUCUUUGUGCAGUGAGUGGUCCAGUAGCCGGGGAGGAGGCCAGAAGGUGGUGGCGUACAGUGUUUAUGGUGAUGUCACCAAGAAGGAAGUCAACAGGCAAUACUAUUCCGAAAUAGAAGAAAGAGCGAAGGAUGUAGCCAGUCAUUAUGAAGGCUGGGUGAUGCGGCUAUACCACAACAUAUCGAGGUCACAUAACAACAGUGACUUACUAUGUGUCCUGUAUUGCCGGUACCCUCACCUUGACCUAUGCCUUGUGACGCAUCUGUACCCACCUCCUCCACAAGACACAGGAAGGAAGGUCACAACGAACACGACAGCAAUGAGGGGGCGCAUCUCUCUUCACCAAAACACAAAAGCGAGUUAUGAGAAGCGACUAGUGGGAAAGAUGUGGCGCUUUCUACCCAUGGCGGAUCCUUUGGUGUCCGAGUUCCUGGUGAGAGAUCUUGACUCCUCUAUCCUCCCCCGGGAAGUGGCGGCAGUGAGGCAGUGGCGAGCCAACUCCACAGCCCUUGUGCACCUUAUGAGAGACCAUCCCAGUCACAACGGCCUCAUUCUUGCAGGCAUGUGGGGAGGAUCGAGAGAGCGAGGGGCAGCUAACCUGACCUCGAUGCUGCACGCCAUGACCCGCUGGCCUCCACGUGACAUAUGGGACUAUGACCAGAUGCUCCUCAAGAGAGUCGUCUGGCCGGAGGUCCUGGAUAGCGUUCUUGCCCACGAUAGCUAUUUCUGCGCCAACCCGCACUUCCAGUCUCGCCACCGAGCCGUACCCUUCCCCACGCGGAGGGACGGCCGCCUCUUCGUUGGGUGGGGACGCACCAGAGCCGAUGAGCGGAAAACUAUCAUUGAUUGCCCUGUGCAGUGUAGGCCCAGGAAUCACCUAGACUGGCGACUGUGCUAGGUGAGAGAGAGAGAGAGAGAGAGAGAGAGAGAGAGAGAGAGAGAGAGAGAGAGAGAGAGAGAGAGAGAGAGAGAGAGAGAGAGAGAGAGAGAGAGAGAGAGAGAGAGAGAGAGAGAGAGAGAGAGGGAGGGGAGAAGGCAAGGCAAACGUGUAUGAGAUAUGAACCAAAAUAUCAUCUGAUGAUUUUUUGAGGACAGCCCCAGCACAUUUAAUGUUGUGUCCUUGCAUUAUUAUAUAGUCACGCUCAAGACCAGCUUGCAUUUUUGUUGAUGAACUUUAAGCUAAAUGGGGAAUGAUUAUGCGGAGUGCAGCUUCAUGUUUUCAUGUUUCUGUAUUUAAAAAUAAAGCCGAUAUAUAACUUUUUUUUUUAUAAAAAAAAAUAAAGAAAUGUACUAAAUAUA